UCGGGGUGGAGGAGAUGUCCAGCAGCAGCAGAUGCACAUUUUGCCUCUGGGUCCUUUGGUUUGGCGGCUCCUGACCUCCGGCGUGCGACGAGAAACUGAUCUGCGUGCGGGAACGUUCAUCUCUUUUUUCCAAGCUGCCUCAGAGUUUUCCGUGACGUAUAAAUAACGAGUGCGUUUGCUUUUGCUCUCGUUAGAAGAAAGAGUAACAGAACCUGACCGACGAGGGACGUUCUCCAUGGAGCUCUGUGGGACCUGCCUGCAGUCGUCCUGUGAAGGCCUCGUUCGACUUUACUGGACCACUGGAAUAAAAACCAGCUCGUAGAGUUCAUUGAACAUUGACAUUUAGAACUCUAAUAAAGAAAAAGUUUGUUUCAGUUUGGUUUGAAUCCAGGAGGUGUUGAAGGUCACCAUGGAGGAAGUUCAGGAGGCUCUGGUUGAGUUCAAGGCCACUUUAGAGGCUGCGGUGAGCGAGGUGCACGUGGACGUAAGUGCUUUCAAACAGCGAGUGGAGCAGCGCAUCGACGAGCUGCGUCUGUCCAACGGGCCCCUGGCUGAGGCGGUGAGCCGGCUGCAGGAGGAGAACGUGCAGCUCCGGGCGAAGCUGGAGGCCCUCAGCCGCCUGGUGGAACGCCUCACCAGUGUGCAGAGGAGCACAGAGGAGGAAAGAACGGAAGAUCUGCUUCCAUCCAGGAACCCCGAGGACCGGAUGGGCCUCGCUGACUGCGUCGGGUCAGAAAACAGUCAGUCCACCUCCACGCAGUCUGAACCUUCAGGCGCCGGACGGAGCCACGCCGCUUCGAGCAGCAGCCCGGCGCCGUGGAGGCUAAAGAGAGCGGCGGAAACCAACGGCAACAAUGCUAAAGGAGGAAACAUUGCCUCUGAUGUUGCCACAGCCUCCGAGAGUCACAACCAACCAGGAAACGCAUCAGAAAACAUCGGUGUAGCCCAAAGUCCCCAAGCUUUCCCUCAGUCCCACCCGUCUCUGAGCACCAAACGGAUCCAGGAGUCCUCUGCAGUGGAAACCCUCAGCUCAGCUGACCAAAAGGAACCAGGUCCUCCAACCAAACAUCACCUCUUUACUGUACUGACAAAAGCUGACUCAGAAGCUCCAGCAAUUAGUCAGUACCCUCCCUCGGUGGCCAGACCCUCAAAGGAGCCUCAGUUUAAACUGGCUGACCCAAAUGAAAACUACAAUGCUGAUGAACCCCAGCCCCAUCUUCCUGUCACUGCCAUGACAACUAAACCUGGUUUGGAAAGAUCGCUCACCACCAAACCUGCUCAGUCACCAGCAUCUGGACGGAGAGCAGCUGGAGAUCAUUUAUUUAUAGCAAAGGCAAAGAUCUCCCAGACCUCCCAGGAUCAGUCAGACUCCAUGUCUUUGGUCCAUCUUCCCCUCACAGCUGCAGCUAAACCUGAUCCGACUCCUGCCUCAGCGCUCAGCCCUCUAACACAAGACUCACCACCAGUAAAACAAACCGAGCAUCCGUUUAGAGCCGUCACCAAACCAAAUGCUGACUCGGCCCAGUCCCAGUCUCUUUCACCAUCUCAGGACCCGACCGUAAAACCUGGAGAAUAUCCCUUUAAACGAACACCAGUUCUAAAGACACCCAGUCCCAGUCUAAAAAGAAGCGUGAGCUUUCCUCAACCUGCAGAGAAAUUACUUCCCUCAAAAUCAUUUAUAAAAUCUGGACUCUCGCCCAAAUUGGACAAAUCGAACAAGUCCGGAGGGUUUGAGUUUAAACAGGAUGUGAUGAAAUCUCAAACACUUCCACGUCCCAACGGGGCUCAGGCGAAACGGGCCCUGUUUGAAAGAAUGAACUCAGACCCUGUAAAGGCAAAGGAUUCCAAACCCCAACUGAAGCGCUCCCAGAGCUUUGGAGUUUCCAGUGCCAGUGGUAUAAAACAGAUCCUCCUGGAGUGGUGUCGCUCAAAAACAAUCGGCUACAAGAACAUAGACAUCCAGAACUUCUCGUCCAGUUGGAGUGAUGGGAUGGCCUUCUGUGCUUUGGUCCACUCUUUCUUCCCGCUGGAGUUUGAAUACAACUCUCUGAAUCCAGCGAAUCGCAAACGAAACCUGGAGCUGGCCUUCACCACAGCAGAGGAGCAGACGGACUGUCUGCGUCUGAUCGAGGUUGACGACAUGCUGGAGAUGGGGGACAAGCCGGACCCCAUGUGUGUGUUCACCUACGUCCAGUCCCUCUACAACCACCUGAAGAAGUUUGAGUAACUGAAUCAGAGAAGACAAGUUUAUGAUGAAACCAAAAAUCAGCCUCGGACUUAAAAAAAAACAGUUGUUUGAGCCUAAUUAUCAAAGUGCUUUUCAGCAAAGUCUCCAACUUCCUUCAGAAUACCUUGAGUUCUUGGAGUGGUUGUAACGUCACACGUAGUCCGGCUCACCAUCAUAAUCUGGAUUGAUGAGUUGUGUGUAUAAAGUUUAUUAGCACUGCCUGCGGUCAGCCAUUAAAGUUUGAACAAAACCUGCACAAAUGUUUACAACAUGAAGGAUAAAAUCAUAUUUAUUCACUUUAAAACCAUCACCUGAUGAAACACGGGAGAUGAGACAAAUUUUAAUUUUGUCUUCAUCGUGAAUCGUCCCAAGUGCUUUUCAGCAAAGUUUGUGUCGACGACCUCAAAGGAAUUUGUUUUGUGCAUUUUUUUUUUCUUUCUGUGCCAAAAUGUUUCGUAAACACGAGAGAUACAAACCGCCAUCUGCUGGUAGACGAAACGAAAAGCUAAAUAAUUUCACCAACUUUACAAAUCGUCGAUUUUUAUAGUUGUUGCAUGCGCUUAGAUUAUGCAAGUUAAUCCAGUGGAGGCGUGAAAGUAUAAUCUGUAAACAUGUAAAGAACAACAGAGUAGGACUUUAUUCACGUCAGUUUGUCAAGUACUUUGCUGUAACAAAGAAACAUGUCACAAACCAGAACACUGUGGAGUUGUUUUAUGUUUGACAUGACAAAAAGCUUUUUAUUUAUUUUAUUUAUUUUCUGAUUUUGAAAUUAUAGAGCAGAUGAU